AUGUCAAGCCCCAGGGAGGCAGUUCCCACUCGGAAGCGAGUGGCUAUUGCACGUUACAAACUGGCAACUUGCUCUGAGUACAGGGUCGUAGGCGAAACUUUCGGUGUCAGCAAAACCACUGUGCACAGAUGUGUGUAUGGGGUUUGCCAAGCCAUAUGCAGCAAGCUGAUAAAGCAAAAAGUCAGUUUACCAGACGUGGACGAAGCCCUGGAGAUUGCACAGCACAAUUACGAGGCACACAAAGUACCCCAGGUCUACGGCGCAAUCGACGGGUCCCACAUACCUGUUCUUGCACCAAGCGAUGGCUAUCGCGACUACAUUAACAGGAAGGGUUGGACAUCGAUUGUCCUGCAGGCUGUUGUGGAUGAUAGAUUGAUGAUCAGGGACAUCUGCGUGGGAUCCCCUGGAUGCUCUCAUGAUGCUGCUGUGUUUGCCACAUCACAUCUGUUACGGUAAAACGCCAAAUCUUGCCAAGUACAUUAGUCAAAUAUCUCAUACGUCAAAAUCAUCUAAUUUGUAACAUUUCAGUGAGGUAUAGAGCAUUUAUUGCUUGUAUUAGGUUAAAACAAACCUAAAAUAUGCAUAAUUAUCUUGUUUCAAGAAAUAUUUCCUUGGGGUGCUUUUUGUUUAUGUGAAAAGUUACUAUUUAAGUGAUUUUGGCUUACAUUAAGUGUGAUUAAGUUUUAGAGUGUACCACAACAAACUACAAACAUAUUUGUGCUGUCCUCAGAUAUCCAGCUAAACACCCCCAAGCAUCAAAGGACGUAGAAGGAGUCCAAGUGCCACUACACCUCGCUGGUGACCCAGCAUACCCACUACUACCCUGGGUCAUGAAGGGCUACUCCGGGCCCAAUCUGACAGCUACACAAGAGACUUUCAAUGAACACUUAAGUGCCAUCCGUGUGAAAGUUGAGCACACCUUCGGACACCUGAAGGCAAGAUUGCAUGUACUGUCCAAGCAGUCUGAUAUAGACUAUACCUUCAUGCCGAUGGUGGUGGCCACAUGUUGUGUUCUCCACAACAUAUUCGAGAAGAAAAACCAGCAGCUACCACCUGCGGCAUUACAUCCUACAGUGCCCCAUGCUCAACAGCCACAGGAACAUCAUCAGGACCAACCAGAUGCAGGAGCCGUUGAGAUCCGAGAAGCACUUGGUCACAGCUCGUCAGUUUCCCCACACAAGCAAACAAAUGACUAA